UGAAUUCACCUGCAACAUGGCUAUGACAUGCUCUCUCUCCCAGACCCUUCACUACAAGCCAUCAAAUGCGUUAAAAAUCAAGUCAUCUUCGAAAAUUGAUGAAACAAAACUAAAUAUCACUCGAAUCCGUGCCAUGAAACGUUGCUUGAGAUGCAAUACUCUUUAUCUUGACAAAGAGAACUCCCCAACUGCCUGCUCUUUCCAUGGCCACACCACGGGGGAGAAGGGGUUAUACGCUUUGGCUCCACCACACCAGGGUAUUGACGGAGAGUGGAGUGACUGCUCUGGAGUGAUAGUGUAUAAAUGGAAUGACAAGAAUAAUAGACCAAUUACUGGAAGUGUCAAUUGGAAGAAAAGAUGGAGUUGCUGUGCUGAGUAUGAUGAAAAUGCUCCACCUUGUAGACGGGGGUGGCAUGUUUCAUAUGACGAUGGCUUCACUCUGUAUUAACCCAAAAAUUGUUUUGUUAGCUAAAUUCAGAAGCACAAGUAACAAUUAAGGAUACAAUUUAGGAUGAGGUGGAAAUGCAAGCAUCGAUAAAGUUUGCUUGGGUAAUGUCUGAUGUUUAGACAAAUUAGGCUUGGACAUUAAAGUAUAUCCUGUGUUUUUCCAUUUAUCUACAUUUUGAUUAACAAAUAUCAUUUUCUUGGAUAUUAAGUUCCCUGUCUUGAUUUUUCAUUCAAGAGGUAUGUGGCUGAACAUUUUCAUUUCCUUUUGGACAAGCAGAGCAAUUUGAUUUAUUUUCCUUUUUGAUGUGUUCAGCAGCAACGAUUGCUUGCAAGGUGUAUUUGGAAUUGAUAUAAUAUCAUCUGAGGGUGAACAUGCUUUACUUCUAAGCUGGAAUUCAAAGUCUUCUAUUUCAGGAUAUCUACAAUUUAAGCUUUCAGACUACCCGGUGAUCAAAGAAACACAAAAUUCACUGCCAAUCUGUAAAUAUGUAUCCUGCUACCUGAGUUAAUGAUGCUGUUACCAUUGUCGGAGUGCUUUUUGCUAGAGAAUUGCAGCAGAAGCCAGAGGUCAUGCAAAGGCUAGUAGAGAACGGAGAAUUCAUACAAUUAUGCAUGCCUGUCCAGCACAAAAGCUCAUGUUGCAGAGUAAUGUGUCUCUAUCCUUCCUUCACACGGCUUAAUCUGAAUACUAGAAGCAAUUGAUGAAGAGCUAUAUAUCCAUGGUGAAUUCCUAAACCAUGGUAUUGUUAGGGCCAACACUAUGAAACAGAACAUCAUGCAAAUGAACCUUUUAAUGAUCACUUGAGAUCGGCCAGGUUUAUCUUUCAUGUUUUCAAUCCAACAGCUAAUUCUCUUUCUGAUUACCAAAAUGUUCACUUGUCAUGAUCUCAUUGAGCAGCUGUUGAUAUAAAAUUCCCUGCUGUAUUAUAU